AUGCUUGUUCAGAGACAGAAACUUCUAGCUAACCUUCCCGACGGAGGGAUAGACUCACCGCAGCUAGAGGCUACCCGAAGGAAUGAUGUGGCUAUUGUCAAGCUGUUGUUGCAGGCACGCGACAUUGAUGUUAAUUAUCCAUCUCAUGAACCUCCUCUUUGCAUUGCCGCUGAAAAAGGCUACGAAGCGAUAGUCAAGCUACUGCUCAACACACGAGAUAUAGACGUCGACAACCUAGAUGGCAUCGGCGACACACCUUUACUCGUGGCCUCAAUGUUUGGCUACGCCGGCAUCGUGAGGCGACUUCUCAGAACGAGCAAGGUUGAUGCUGAUCCUAACGACGGAUGCGGAGAUACUGCAUUUUCAUGGGCUGUUAAAUACGGGCACGUUGACGUGAUCAAACUUCUACUCCGCCAAGACGGUAUCGAUUUCAAUUGGUGGGUAGAUGGUCGUACAGCUCUUGGGUGGGCUGUACAUGUGAAUAACGAGGAACUCUUCUUCACGCUCCUGGACUUUGGUCGCAUUGACAUUGAGUCGCGAGACUGCCGCUGGGGCCUCUCACGCUAUACUGCAUCAUCUUUAAUCGAUGCUUUGGAACAUGGCAAUACAAAGAUUUUUCAGACGCUCCUGACACUUCCGGGAGUGGACUUUAACAGAACGGACGAUGAUGAUGGGCGCACUGCGCUUAUGCAUGCAGUUCAAGCGGGACAGCAUGAUAUAGUGAAGCAGCUUCUGGGGACUGGCAAGGUGGACAUAGGAGCUAGGGAUGAUAAUGGCCGAAGUGCAAUGGACACAGCUCAAGAACAGGGCAACAGUGAGAUAACGCUACUACUGCUUAAAUAUCGUCAGAAUUAA